AUUAAAUUUACAAACGUUUUUCGGUAGCGAUCUGUUGGUUUGGUGGACAUUUUAAGAUGGAAAAUAUAUAGAGCAAACAUGAGUGUGUCUAAAUCAGUUGUAGAAGAAAUUGAGGAAAAGUUAAGUGAAGAAGCAGGAAUAAACAAGAAAUUGAUUCGUCUGUACAAAGCGAAAGAAAAUAAGGCAAACGUUGAUGAGUUUCAUAGAAAAUGCGAUGCAAAAGGUCCUACAGUCACAAUCUUGUAUGGCGUUUACAAUACAACCUUUGGCGGCUAUACUUCUAAAGAUUGGAGUUCACCUGCGAAAAAACGGACAAUACAAGACGAUAAGGCUUUCCUUUUUACAAAGAAUGACAGCGCAGAUGCAAAAUGUGUCAUUUUUCCAAUUAAGAGAGACAAGAAGGAUGUAGCGAUAACAUGCUAUGCAAAAUACGGUCCUGCAUUUGGAGGAGGAACAUUUGGAGAUUACGAUCUUCUAACAUUUAAAAAUAAGACUGCCUCAGAGGUUACAGGUGAUGAUCUAUAUUUGAAUGGUUCGAUGCAUAUUAACAACGCCUAUGAGAGCCGUGCAAAAGAUUCUUCUCUACCAAAAACAAAAACUGUUGAUAUUAAUUCUGGGAAGAUGAUUGUGAAAGAGCUAGAAGUUUACCAAGUAACAGAUGAUGUAACUAAAGAAAAAUGGUUAGAACAAACGAAGGUAUACCAAUUUGAAUGCAUAUUUGAUAGUGCAAUGAUUGUGCAUUUAAUAAUUGCUUAG